UAGAGUCUACCUGUAAUCCGUUUGUGUUGUAUAGAGAUGGUUGACUAAUAUUAUGAGAUAGUGCAAGUGAGGUGAGCCCUCAUGGUCUGAUACUUUUGAAGCUUUUUAUUUCAAGCAGGCAGAUGAUUCUGGUGUUGAGGACAAGUCUCACACAAAUAGUGUCAUCUGUUGAGAUGGAUUCGAUGAGUUUAGCUUAUGGCUGUCCUGAUCUCAGAACUCUUGAUCUUUGUGGCUGUGUAUUAAUUACAGAUGAGAGUGUUGUGGCUUUGGCAAACCGGUGUGUACACUUGAGGUCAUUGGGGUUAUACUACUGCAGAAACAUUACAGACAGAGCGAUGUACUCAUUGGUUCAAGCGGUAUGCGAUACAUUCCCAGCACUCCACACUUGUUCAGGCAGGCAUUCACUUGUCAUGAGUGGUUGUCUCCAUUUACAAUCAGUUCACUGUGCAUGCAUCCUCCAAUCUCACGAAACCCACACCGCUUUCCCUCACCGGCUCAUUGAACCGGUGUGUAAGCCAGAAGGUCUUCUCUUUGGUAUAUGUGUACACAUAAAAAAGCCUAUGGUGUUAAUAAAAACUUCUUUGAGUUUACUUCUUGUCUUUUGAUGCAAAAUCUCAAGAUUUUAACAUUAUAUACAUUAUAUCAAUCUUGUAAAUGAUUGCCAAAUACUUAUAUCUAACAAUUUGUUAAGCUUGGUCCAACAAUCACACCAUCAUUAAAGCUUGCAAGAUGAUUUGGUUGAGAAUAUUUAAGCAAAAUUUGAAGCAAAUCAGUAUUAAAAUUAA